AUGCAAGAGGAGAACCGCUUCUUGUCGGAGCCAGUGGGAUGGCCGGCAUGGAUGGAGGGGACAUGGAAGGUGAGAGACGAGGAGGAAGGACAGAUCGGGGAGCAGGCGCCAGUCAUCAGGCAAGAGAAGUUCAUCAAGUCUCGAGGUCGUGGGGGCAACGAGCGCGUGAUCGAAGCCAAAGACGAGAACUUCAAGGACGACCUGCAAGUCCGCCACAACCUUCCCGUGGUAGCUUCCCUCUACGACCCGCUCAAGGACCCCACGCGUGUUGUGCUGCAGCUGAGCAGCGAGGAGAAGGGGAGGAUGUGCAUGGCGGUGGGUGCUGUGGUCGGACGGUGCGAGCGACGAGAAAUCUUCCUCCUCGCUCAAGAAGCUGCUGGCGAAGGGGAUGCUUUCAUCUGCAGCGAGACUUAUAGAAGCCUCGACGUGAGGAAGCAGACAGUGAAGGUGAGAGAGUUCGAGGUCAUCCGGGAGUUGCGGAGGCUUGAGGACGGUUCUGUGAGGGGAACAAAAUCUGUGAUCCUCUACAGCGAUCCUGAUCCGGUUGACGAUCCCAUCGCGCUCGCUCGCUCUCUCGGGUCCCUGCGCGUCUGGUCUGCCAUGACCAAAGUCUCUCUCUGCUCCGCUGGCAUGGCGCCGCUCACAGCAUGGCAGGGGAAGGUUCCUCGAGGGUCAGUCGGACUGGACAUGACGGAGAGGCAGCGAGCGAGAGCCGUGACGAGCUACGUGAUGAGCUACGAGCGAGAGGGAGGAUGA